AUGACUCUAUAUGAUGAAUGCUGAAUACUGUUCCUCCUCACUGGACUCGUCCGGUGUCUGAAACAAUGUCUGAGUUGACUCGUCAGCCCUCCACAGGAAGGGGAAACAGGCGUUCAUGUUUGAGCCACUGCUGCUCGCUAAUGUUAUCGGCUAACACUCGCUGUGGUUGUUUGCUCGCUGAAGGCGUUCACAGUUUGCCGCUGUGCUGUCGUGUGAUCUUCGUUUGAGACCUUGUUUAGUCGACAUACUGCGAGGUUAGCCAGCCAGAGAGGGGGGAAGCUAAUUUUAGCCCCUGUAGCGUCUGUCUGUCAUCCUGUUGGCUGGCUGCUUCCUCAUGCUAACACCCUGCUAACAUUAGCCGCCUUUAAAAAGAAAAAAGAGAAACAGCUGGUUUUGUUGUCAGAGUUGAAUUAAUAUGAAGUUAAGUCUGUCAGCCUGUUCACCAGGCAGUGUGGGCCGCGUUGUAUGGGCUGUUUUUCCGCUUUUUAUCGGGUCUUAAAGGUCAAACAUUUGUUCAUGCAGCCCGUUGUUGUUGUUGUUGUUGUUGUUGUUGUUGUUCUUUGGCUAACUGAAUUAGCAAACAACUAAGCAAUUUAACUGAAUGUAAUCUGUGUUAUACCAUCACACAAGUUGGCGUGUUAAAGUUAAGUUUGAUCACUUAAUGUACGCGCACUUUUAAUAAGGUCCGGACAGAUAAUGUUGAUGGAGCUGUGUUAUAUGUAAGUUAAUGAUUAAUGAAGGAUUAGUGGAGUCCUGUGUUAUACAGUCAUGGUGAACUCAGCUCAGAUCAUCUCCUCUUCAUAUCACUGGUAGCUGCAGGUGUAAGAUACCGAACUGAUGCAGGUGAUGAUGUGAGGUGUGUAAAAAGCCUUUUGACACCUGGAAGCUGCUGCUGAUAUGGUGGACCUGAGACUGACCCUCAGGAGCCCCCAGUCUCACUUUUUUUACGAGAGUCGGGGGAAAAUGUUGCCACAGAUUAUGGAUCUAGUCUAUCAUCUUCCAUGAGAUUUCGAUUUCACAGCGCUUCAAUCAAACAGCUGUAAGGAACAUGGAGAGAGAAGCAGCUGAGAAGGAGAUGGAUGCCGUUACGGACACUGACGAGGAGAUCCCUGAUGGUGAGUCCGCCUCAGUGGCCAAUUCUAGUUAUUGGGAGGCCAGACAGACCGAUAAUGAUGACUGUGAGCGGGAGGACAAAACGGCCGAUCUAAAUUCUCAGGACACCCCAAAUUUAGCCACUCCCCAAGACUCUGAAAUCGGUGAAGCAGAGUAUUGUGGAUCUACAGAGGCCAAAGAGGAUACUGAGGAGGCUUCAGAUGGGUUUGAGCAUGACAGCACCGCAGAUCACGAGAACUUGCAUGUUAUAAAUCAAGAAGAGGAUGAAGCUGCAAAGGAGCAGCACAUGAAUGGGGAGUCUGGUUGGAGGAGCGAGGGAGCCGGAAGGAGAUGCAAACUGAGGAGCAGUGGAUCGGUUUCAGAGCAGAGCGGUCAAAGCGCUUUUUCCUCCAUUCAGAAAGGCAAUGUUAUGUCAAGCGGCGGCCGGCACAAGCAGGCCCGCAGACGCAAUCACCACCACCAUCAGCAGAACCGAGGCCGCAGGCGGACUGGCAACCAGCUCGUCUUAGCUUUCAAGGAGAUGCUGUCGGAGUCUGUGAGCUUCUGGUGCAUCUCCUGCGUCCACAUGAUGAUUGAGAUUAUCGUCACAUUAACUCACAAUUGUGGAGUCGGUGUGGAGACGGGAGGGGUGAAACUUUACAACUUUGGGCAGCAGCUGUUUGUGAAGAUCACAGAUACAGCAGGAAUGAAGGCAGACGCUAGUCGGAUUCUGAAAUGGACAAAAUGCACAGGAACGGACCUGGUGGAUAAAAUUGUUCGGUCAGUGAAGUGGGUAAAGACAGCUGCCUUAUCUUGUUUUAGACUUUUCUGCGCUUUGGCUAUUCUUGGUUCCCAGUGGGCAAAGGGUGUGGUGGUCCGCCUUGGUGGAGAGAGGGGAAAACGCUAUUGGACAUCUUUUCAGGAGUCCAGGUUUUGGAAGAGGGUGGCGUCCCUGCUGGAGAGAGUUAGAAGUAAGUUUAGGAGGGAUGGACAUGUGCCACCGUCCAGCCCCGAUUCACCCGGCAGAGCAGGGAGAGGCCAGCCAGGCCAGGAGCUGGAGAGACUGCUGGCCUUGGCUGAGGUACCAGAGGAUGAGCUCGACCCCUUUACAGUGCUCGGUGUGGAGGUGCACGCCACAGAGGCCGAGCUGAAGAAGGCAUACAGACAGCUGGCUGUCCAGGUCCAUCCAGACAAGAAUAAACACCCACGAGCGGGAGAGGCAUUCAAAGUACUGAGGGCUGCCUGGGAUAUUGUCAGUAACCCAGAGACACGACGAGAGUAUGAGUUGAAGCGUAUGGCAGCAACUGAGCUCUCAAAGUCCAUGAACGAGUUUCUCACUAAACUGCAGGAUGACCUGAAGGAAGCCAUGAACACCAUGAUGUGUACCAAGUGCGAAGGCAAACACAAGCGGUUCGAGAUGGAUCGUGAACCUGCCGAGGCUCGGUUCUGUGCCGAAUGCAACCGUUGCCAUAGUGCUGAGGAGGGGGACCUAUGGGCCGAGUCCAGCAUGUUGGGCCUACGUAUUACGUACUUUGCCUGUAUGGAUGGCAAAGUCUACGAUAUUACAGAGUGGGCAGGUUGCCAAAGAAUAAGCAUUUCUCCUGACACACACCGUGUGCCCUAUCACAUCUCCUUUGGUUCAAAGAACAACAGCAACUCCACACGACACAGGACGCCCUCAGAGCAAGCCACCGGUCCGACCAACCCCGCAGAUUUGCAGGACUUCUUCAACCGCAUCUUCAAGGGAGGACCUCCUAACGACAUGGCUGCCAACGGGGGCUUCUUCCCCUCAGGUCCGCCCCAUCACCAGCCUCCUGGUGCUGCAGCGCCCCCGUUCUCCCCUCCCCCGGGCCAGACAGGUUUCUACAUGCCGGGCGGUCACCGGCCAGAGUCCAGCGAGACGUGGGCUGAAAGUGGCAAACCCCCCAGAAGGAGGAAGAAGGUCCGCAAACCCUUCCAGAGGUGAAGUCUGUUGACUUAUCAGUGUAUCAACAUAGAAACACAGGGACACAAUAAAUAAUGGCCAUGUUUGUCUCUCGCCUGCCUGUUGGCAUGCCAAGAUCUGAGCUGGAGAAGAUUGGUGUCGGUAAGGCUGCGGUCAGGUCAGCCAGAGGAGAGUGAGAUCAUGAAGAGGAGCCUGUUGACUGAAUACAAGUAUUGAAGGAGGGUUGAAGACAUGGCAGUGAUGGUGCUUUACCUCUCAUUUCACCUUAUUUUAUUUUUUUUGUUGGUCUUUUACAUGACUGUAGCCUUGGCAUUGAUAUCCUCAUUGGGAUGCUGUAAUGAAACAUUUUCCUUUCAUAAUUUCCUGCCAAAUCCUGCAAUGCAUGAUUUUAUUCACUUACAUUUUAACACUUCAGUUCUCUCACUUUUGUUGUUGAUUUUUUUUAUUUUUGUAUAAGGUUAGUUUUAAGGCAUUGGUUCCAGACAGAGUGAAACUUGAAGAGAGUCGGACAUCACUUUUCCUCAACAUGAAGAAGAUACACUGGGCAGCUUCACUGUGUCAGUGUUACUCAUGUUAAUGGCAUGUGGUUCUAGAUCUGCACCAUUUUCUAACAAUGAAUGGAAACCAGCUAAAUGCAUCACAUUUGAACUGAAUUUACAAAAGCAAAACAGAAAAAGAACAUUUUGAAAAGGCAGCAGCCAAGAUGUAAAAUCUGGACCUGAAGAAUAAGUGAAACUGAUAAAGCAGCUUUUUUUGUUUUGAGAUGUUUUCUGAUUCAAACAUGCUGAAGUCUGCCCGCUGUUUGUUUCAGCUCCAGAUCGGCGUUAUAAUUACUGCACAUGUUCUAAUCUAACAGCAGGAAUGAGGUCGUGGUGUCUCUGUAAUACUGAGCCCCAGCUGAGGUGUAUUGAGAAGGUCUGAGGACACCAAAAAGUGACACCUUGACAUUUUGAAAUGUUGAUUUGAUUCUUGUUGUUAAAAAGACCACCUAGAAUUGAUCUAUACUGCCCCCUGUUGAUUGACUGUGUAACCACAUGAAGUGAUGUUCACAGUUGAACUGAUUUACAUAGUUAGAAAUGUAACAGUUAACAGCCAUUUGAGUCUUAAAAGGAUGUAAUUUGAUAUUAUGCUAAUUUACAAAUACUGACACAACCCUGACCUGUCAAUGCUGUCAAAUUUGUUUUUUUUCCCCCAUCGGCAUUGUUUUUUUUUUUAGUUUGAUCAUUACUGACUUCACAGUAAGCCUUGUGUAAGACAACUGUAAAGAUAUGUUGCAUUAGCAACAUAUGCAAUAUGUUAAUUUCAUAUAUUUGACUUGUGCAGUUGUUCAGGCUGCUUCUGAAAACAAGAAGUUCCUGUUGUCUACAUUUUGACACCAUUUUCAUCAGGGUCCUCCUCCUUGUUAAGUGCCAUUUUACGCGAGCUUGUUAAGCAUGUUAAGCUUCAGUAAAAAGUCCACCAUAGAUUUGUUUCUAGCCGUCCUGGUUAUUACAUCCUAAAUACUUUAAUCUUUGUGUUUCAGUCUGCAGUGUCAUCUCAGUGGCUCCUGACCUACAAUUAAAGAAAUCUGACACUUAAAGCCUCGCAGCAUGUGCUGUAAACUUGUGUUUUCUUCCACCUGCACAUGCUUCAGCUUUCAAAAUGCCAUGGUCACAUGUUCAGAAAAUCUUGAAUCUAAACCAUUGAUUUCCUCGGUUUUACUGUACGUAACGACAAAAAGGGGAAACAGCAGAACUGGCUGUAUUUUGGGUUUGGUUUCUUGAAACGGUUCUUGCAUAGAAAUAUCAAUUUAAUUUCCAUCAUAGUUUAAUUUAAGAAAACAUAAUUGUUAUUGUUUACACCUGAUAUGUGAAGAGUGUGAGAGUGAAGUGAAAAAUGUGUGGUAAGGCUUUUAAUGAAGGCUGUUUUUCUUGUCAGUUGAUGAUGAAAAGUACCAUGUUCAAUGUUUUUUUUUGUUAAUUUGCACACCCUCCCCAGUAAUAACAUCACAGGGAUUUUGAACAGUCAUAAGUGAUUUUAGCCUAACCAGACUCCUCCAGCUACAGCUGAGUGGGAGGUGUAGCUCACUAAACUAUCGGCUCAUUUGCAAAUUAAGAUUUGUUUUUGGUAGAAUCUGAAUGUUAAAUGAGUGACACAUUUUUUUGAAAAACAUUUGAGUUGCACAAGCAUUACACUCUGGAAUAACCCGAGUAUCAUAAAUAUUUUAUGGCAUUGUAUUGCAUAAUGUGGGUUUGUCUGGUAGCUUGAAAAGAUGAACCUUUGUUGGAAAUAUUGAGUUCAUUGAAGCAGGUAAUUAAGUUUGCCAUGUUUCUUUUCAUGUGUCAAAUUGUUUUUCUCUUGUACUUAUUUGACCAGUUUCUAAGACAUGGAUUGAGUUGUCUCACUUCUAAAUGAAACCAUCUCAAAAUGUGAAAACAGUCCUAAUUUGAGCUUAUUCUGACAAAACAAAAAAGCAGAACUAUGAGGACUUAAAUUGUUUUUUUUUUCUCCAAUCAGGCAGGUUGUUACUGUGUGAUAAUCAGAAGAAAUAAAACAACAAAACUGACAACUGAUGUGUUUCAUUCACAGAUUUGGUUGAUUAUAUUUUUUCCAGCAUUGUCAUCAUAUAUCGUCAGAUAUCUAAUUCAGUCCCUGUCUAGGAAACUGGAUGCAGAGCUGUACCCACGUUAAGCAGAGUGCGUUGUUUACCACACGUCCACCUUGACUUGCGAAUGUUCAGUGCUGUAUGUUAACGGUAGCAGUUUGAAGUCCAAGUGGUCAAUGAAAGAGCCAACACUUUUGUUUUUGUUUUCAAAUUUUAUCACAGAAUAUGCAGAAGUAUUGCAAAAAAUAUCUGACAAUCAUCAGGGUUUUUUGUAGGGAAUUAUGAUGCGAGUUCCCUGGCUGGCAAACAGUUUUAAAAUAUCACUGUUGGGUUUCUUUCCCCUGCUUUCUCUGGUUUUCAAAAUAAAGAUUAUUUCCUAUACGCA